CACGCUCCUCAUUAUCAUUUAAUAUGUCUCCUCCUCUUCUGCAGGUAUGAAAGAGCUUUCCCCUCCUCCUCUGAAUUUGCGACGUCUCUACACUGAGACAAUGGAGUGGGAGCCGGUGUUAAUCAUCAUCUCUCCAGGGGCAGACCCAUCCCAGGAGCUUGCAGAACUAGCAGCAGAAACUAUUGGCAGGGACAAUUACCAUGAGAUCUCCAUGGGUCAGGGACAGGCUGAUGUGGCCCUGGCCACACUUAGAGAAUGUUCUCGAAACGGAGACUGGCUUUGCUUGAAAAAUCUCCACCUCGUCACAGCCUGGCUGCCCCUUCUGGAGAAGGAACUAAAUGUCCUGCAUCCUAAAGCAAACUUCCGUCUUUGGCUGACAGCAGAAGUCCACCCAAGAUUUCCCCCAAUUUUACUGCAGUCCAGCCUUAAGAUCACUUAUGAGGCUCCACCGGGGUUGAAAAAGAAUCUGCUGAGAACAUAUGAGUCCUGGACUCCUGAGCAGAUCAGUAAAGGAGGCAAUCUGGCCAGAGCCCAGUCUCUGUUCUGUCUGGCUUGGUUCCAUGCUGUCUGUCAAGAGAGACGGAACUACAUCCCCCAG